CCACCGGUGACUCCCGCUGAUUUACAGAAGAAGAAGCUUCUUCCGGUUGCCGCCGGAUGUGUCUAGUUGUUGGUGAGAGGAACUAAAAGCGUGAAAAAUGGAGAACACAUAUAAAAUGACGGACAGAGACAUCUCACUGAUGAUACACCUUCGUGCCACAAAUGACGCCAUCUUUACUGGCAGGAGGAACUCUGCCAUGAGAGGCUGGAGGGCCAUAAGGAAAGAAAUGGGGAUCCAGAGUAGCCUGGUGUCGCCACGGCAGCUGAAGAAGAAAUGGGACAACUUGAAAGAAAAGUACAGGGCGCUGAAGAACCCUCCAGUGGGCAUGGAGAACGUGACCCGGCCCAGCUCGUGGCGCUGGUUUCACCUGAUGGAAAAGGCCUUGAGCGGCGACCUGGCCGGGACCGCCGCCAUAGUCAAGCCAUGCCUGGUGGAUGAGGAUGAGGAUCACAAGGCCAUUCUGCCUCCGCUCACUCUUCCCAGCUCAAAUGCAACAUUUUCUGGACUGAGAGGAGAUGAUUCAGCACCUCUUGAGGAUGACAGUAUGAUCGAGGAGGUACUGGAGCUCAGUGUCAUCGAAGCGUCAGGGAAUGUUGAGGCAGUGAACACAAGUGUAUCACCUGCUAAAGUUGUUGCAACCAGAGGAGACGGAAAUCAUGUGAGAAGCACAGAGUGUGAGCUGACUAUGAUGGAGAGUCAGCCUGUGAUAAACAGCAGCCAGACUGCUGUGCUCUACGCCACCUUACUGCCUGACUGCACCUCCAACGUCAACAAGCCUUCUACCUCCUCUGGCCACACCGCCAAGGCAGCCACUGAGGUGGACGACAAGCUGGUUGAGCUGCAGAGAGAGUGGCAGGCUCUGGAAAGAGAGCAGGCUGAGUUUGACAGAGAGCUGAUAGCUUUAGAAAGAGACAGAGAGCUGCUGAACAGAGACAUAGCCACUCUGGAGAGAGACAGAACAGCUUUAGAAAGAGACAGAGCUUCUGUGGAAAGAGACAGAGCAGCUGUAGAGAGAGACCAAGUGAAUCUGGAUCGAGACCGAGCGUGCCUAGACAGAGACAGAGCGAUUCUAGACAGAGACCGAGCUUUUCUAGAGAGAGACCGAGUGUUUCUAGAGAGAGCCAGAGAGGAUUUAGAGAAAGAGCUGGUGAGGAGAGAGAAAAACGGACAUCGGCCUGAGAUGGCGACAGAAAGGGAAGUCGUGCUACAGACCAAGUUCUUCCAGAGGCUGAUGACUGCAGAUCUGGAUCCAGACCAGCUGGAGACCAGACAGAGACUGGUUUCUUUGUUCCAGAGGCUUGUUGAGAAACUGUGAGCGGAGGACGUGUUGUUCUGUGUUGUAUAGAUAAAGUUCAUGUUUCAAAAGGCCCUCAGAUAAACAGAUUUGGACCUCUGACAACUAUUCCUGGCAGCUUGGUUGUUCCUGUUGCCAACUGCUCUUCAUGUGUUAAUAAAGACUCUGUGUUCCUCUG